UCAAUAUUGGUCCUAAUAGUGUUUGUCCUGAUAUUAGGAAGGAAGACUUCAAGAGGUCAUUGAAACGCUACUCUCCUUGGAAAAACAGACACGAACAGCCUCUGACAUGGUUUCCACAUCCCGCAUCUUGAUUGCUGUAGUAAAAAUGUGUUACGAAGCUAAAGAUUGGGAUGCUCUUAAUGAAAAUAUUAUUAUUCUGUCAAAGAGAAGAAGUCAAUUAAAACAGGCAGUUGCUAAAAUGGUCCAGCAGUGCUGUGCUUAUGUUGAGGAGAUUACAGACCUACCAAUCAAACUGAGAUUAAUAGACACACUGCGAAUGGUGACAGAAGGAAAGAUCUACGUGGAAAUUGAGCGUGCUCGUCUUACAAAGACACUUGCAACAAUAAAAGAACAGAAUGGUGACGUGAAAGAAGCUGCCUCAAUUUUGCAAGAACUACAGGUGGAAACUUAUGGUUCAAUGGAAAAGAAAGAGCGGGUGGAAUUCAUCCUGGAACAGAUGAGACUCUGUUUGGCUGUAAAAGACUAUGUUCGGACCCAAAUUAUCAGCAAAAAAAUUAACACCAAAUUUUUCCAGGAAGAAAACACAGAGAAAUCAAAGCUGAAAUACUACAACUUAAUGAUUCAGCUGGAUCAGCAUGAAGGUUCCUACCUCUCAAUCUGUAAACACUACAGAGCCAUUUAUGAUACUCCUUGUAUUCAGGCUGAAAGUGAAAAAUGGCAGCAGGAACUGAAGAAUGUUGUUCUUUAUGUUAUCCUUUCACCUUAUGACAAUGAACAGUCUGAUUUGGUACACCGAAUAAGCAGUGACAAAAAGCUAGAAGAAAUCCCUAAGUAUAAAGAUCUUUUAAAACUAUUUACCACUAUGGAGUUGAUGCGCUGGACCGUCCUAGUUGAGGAAUAUGGAAAGGAAUUAAGAGAAGGAAGUCUUGACAGUCCUGCCACAGAUGUCUUUGGUUAUACAGAGGAAGGGGAAAAGAGAUGGAAAGACUUAAAGAACAGAGUUGUGGAGCAUAAUAUUAGAAUAAUGGCAAAAUAUUAUACCAGAAUUACAAUGAAGAGGAUGGCACAACUCUUGGAUCUAUCUGUUGAUGAAUCGGAGGAGUUCCUGUCCAACCUAGUAGUAAAUAAGACCAUCUUUGCAAAAGUAGACAGGUUAGCAGGAAUUAUCAAUUUCCAGAGGCCCAAGGACCCAAAUAACCUACUCAAUGACUGGUCUCACAAGCUGAACUCAUUGAUGGCCCUAGUUAACAAAACCACGCAUCUUAUUGCCAAAGAGGAGAUGAUCCAUAAUCUGCAAUAAGAUGCCACCAUGUACUUAAUGCUUUUGAAGAAGGCAUUAAAACUUGGUAAUAGACUAUUAUCCCAGUGUAUAUUUGGUUUAUUUUCUCCCUACCAAACGCUCCUUGGUCUAAAACUUAGAACAUGAAUAAUAACUCUUGAAGUCUUGUUCACAGUUAAGUUCCCUUGAUUGUUCAGAUAAUUGUUAAACAUUUUUUUUGCUACAGUUGGUGAAAAUAUAAUAAAACUGUAUUGCUUGUGUUAUCAGAA